AUGAGCACUCCAUCAAAGAACUCACAACGUGCGCCAUGGCGCGAUCUCCUUGAUUCUCAUCUCAAACAAACACCUGGGUAUGAAUUCACCGUUGCAACAAUUGGUUACAAUGCUCAACAACGCCCUGUACCUCGCUUGCGGACUUGCGGCUGCCGUGGUUUCUUCCCAGAACUUGAGCUCCACGCUAAAGGCCAGGAAGCUAUGGAUCAGCAGGUGGAAGGUGGUGGUAAUCCACCCAUAUUCGAAAGUGACAUGCUGUCAUUCACCACAGAUGCUCGGAUGGAAAAGCUUCCUCAACUGGAGUCCUCAGGACAUGCGAUUGAGGCUGUGUUCUGGCUGAAGGGUCUCAUGACUCAGUGGCGCAUCAAGGGGACGGCAUAUGCAAUUGGCGACCCAAGUGGAGAAGAUGCACAGCAAGAGAAGACAUCCCGAACCGAGAUACGAAAGGCAUUGAGGGUGAAAGGGGAUACUGACAGUGAUAUUGUGAAGUGGACAUGGGAAAAUGCUGUCACUAAGUACUUUGCAAACCACUCCCCAAUCGCAAGAGGCUCUUUUCGAAAUCCUGCUCCUGGACAACCCAGAUCCUCAGCACCCAGCCAACCAGAUCUCAAACUGGGUCAAGAGGUUUUGGACCUCCAUGACCCUGUUGCACGGUUGAAUUUCCGAGUUGUGGUCAUUUGCCCAGAGGAGGUUGAGCGUUUAGAUCUUACUGAUCAAGAGAAUUGCAAAAGAUGGAACUGGACAUUGAUUGAUACAAAGGAGGGCUCUCAGUGGAAUGAAGUUGAGCUGUGGCCAUGA